AGAAGGAGGGAUCGUCGGUACUCCUCUGCUCACGAGCUUGUGGCGAACCGACAGAGACCGGAUCUGACAGCUGCAGCGCCCCCGCGCUUCUUACCCAGACAGGGUGCAGCGCUCUGAGGCUGGACUCGGCCGAUAAAGCUCGGCAACCUCGGCGCGGGAUUCGUGCUCGACCACCUGGCUCUCCUCGUCGCUCCGUCGUGUGAGGACAGAUUUACUGAGCCGUUAACGUGGGAGCGUCUCUCCCCAAACGCACAAACACUAUACACAGGCACGCUUUCUGGACCGGAGACGAUGCCACCUGCUCCUUCGUCCUCCGCUGAGCUCUCUGCUCGACUCUGAACGGAUUUCUGAAUGGUUUACAAAUCCGCUGGAUUAGGAUAUAGAGCGACUGCGGCCAAGAACAGCAGAACAGUGGAAGUAACAGCGAGCAGAAGUUGAGACGCAGACUGGAUCUUCCCUGGAUGGUUCCUGUUGACUUCGACUGAAGAGCCUCUCCGUCACUUCUCAUCACUUUACCCCACACGGGGAUUUACAUUAGCCAAUCUGAUGAAAGGAUGCUGCAGAGACCUGCCGAGGGACUGAGCCCCACCUGAUAACCCCCACCCCCACCCCGCCCCUCCCCUCGUCCUCUUCCCGACCCCUGACCCUCAGAGCCCUCAGUGCCGCUGUCCCAUCAUGAACCUUCUUUGCCGUGGGCGCCUAAAGCUGCUGGCGGCGUCACUCACAGCCAUCGUCCUGCUCACCUGGCUCUACCUUCUGGCUGGAAACCUGGAAAAUGGUCGUUCCCUUCUCCUGACUCCUUGCCUGGCGGAUACUCCAGCUGCCCAGGUCCUAGAGCGGGCCGUCCUCGAGUCUCGGGUUCGGGAGGUGGAGGAGGAGAACCGACAGAUCCGCCUGCAGCUCAGCCAAUCGCAGGGUAUGGCUGGCCAGGCAGCGGAUGGUAACUAUGGCAACCAGCAGUGGGGUGCGUCUGCAGACACGGGGCCCGAGGAUGGCGACAACACGGCCGAGGAGAAGAACAACCACACGGGGUGUCCCCGCUCACCCACCGUCCAGAAGUGUGAGCUGAUCCAUGUAGCGUGCGUUUGUGCCGGUCAUAACGCCAGCAGAGAUGUGGUCACACUGGUCAAGUCGGUCCUCUUUCACAGGAGAAAUCCUCUUCACUUUCAUUUUAUCACUGACACAGUAGCAAAUCGAAUCCUGAGUUCUCUGUUCCAGUCCUGGAUGGUUCCAUCUGUGCAAGUCAGCUUCUACGAUGCAGAUGAACUCAAGUCCGAAGUGUCGUGGAUACCCAACAAACACUACUCAGGUAUUUACGGCUUGAUGAAGCUGACGCUAACCAAAGCUUUGCCCUCCGACCUGUCGAAGGUCAUCGUCCUGGACACAGACAUCACCUUCGCUACGGACAUCGCUGAACUCUGGGGCAUUUUUAGGAAGUUUACUGAUAAGCAGGUGAUUGGUCUGGUGGAGAAUCAGAGUGACUGGUACUUGGGCAACUUAUGGAAAAACCACAAACCGUGGCCUGCGCUGGGAAGAGGCUUCAACACAGGCGUCAUUCUUCUGUACUUGGAGAGACUGCGGCGAAUCGGUUGGGAGCAGAUGUGGAGGCUGACGGCAGAGAGGGAACUUAUGAGCAUGCUCAGUACAUCACUCGCUGAUCAGGACAUAUUCAACGCCUUCAUAAAGCAGAACCCAGUCCUGGUGCACCAGCUUCCCUGCUUCUGGAACGUUCAGCUGUCUGAUCACACGCGCUCCGAGCAGUGUUACACCGAGGUGUCUGACCUCAAGGUGAUCCACUGGAACUCUCCUAAGAAGCUCCGCGUCAAAAACAAACACGUGGAGUUCUUCAGGAACCUCUACCUGACCUUCUUAGAGUAUGAUGGAAACCUGCUGAGACGGGAACUGUUCGGCUGCCCGACGCAGGCCAGUCCAGAGAGCGUCAAGCUACAAAAGGCUCUGGAGGAGCUGGACGAGGACGAUCAGUGUUACGACUUCCGUCGAGAGCGACUGACAGUGCACCGAGUUCACCUGUAUUUCCUGCAGUAUGACUACACGCCCACUGAGGACAACACUGACAUCACUCUGGUGGCCCAGCUCUCCAUGGACAGGCUGCAGAUGCUGGAAGCCAUCUGUAAGCACUGGGAAGGCCCCAUCAGCCUAGCUCUCUACAUGUCUGACGCUGAGGCUCAGCAGUUCCUGCGUUACGCCCAGGCCUCCGAGGUCCUCAAGAACCGCAAGAACGUGGGUUACCACAUUGUCUACAAGGAGGGCCAGUUCUACCCGGUCAACCUGGUGAGGAACGUGGCCCUGAAGAAUGCCAACACACCCUACGUGUUCCUGACUGACGUGGACUUCCUGCCAAUGUACGGUCUCUAUGAUUACCUGAGAAAGUCUAUGGUGCAGAUGGACAUGGCUCACACAAAGAAGGCUCUGGUGGUUCCAGCUUUCGAGACCCUUCGUUACCGUCUGUCCUUCCCCAAAUCCAAAGCCGAGCUGCUCUCCAUGCUGGACAUGGGGACUCUCUACACCUUCAGGUAUCAUGUGUGGCCAAAGGGUCACGCACCUACCAACUAUGCCAAAUGGCGAACGGCCACCACGCCCUAUAAGGUGGAGUGGGAGCCAGACUUUGAGCCGUACGUUGUGGUGAGAAGAGAAUGUCCUGAGUACGACCAGCGCUUUGUGGGCUUUGGCUGGAACAAGGUGUCCCAUAUCAUGGAGCUGGAUGCACAGGAGUAUGACUUGAUGGUCCUGCCGAAUGCUUUCAUGAUCCACAUGCCCCACGCUCCCAGCUUCGACAUCUCUAAAUUUCGCUCCAGCUCCAGCUACCGCAACUGUCUGAACACCCUGAAGGAUGAGUUCCACCAGGAUCUGUCCAGGAAGUAUGGCUCUGCAGCUCUCAAGUACCUCACUGCCCAGAGAAACAUCUAGAAAGUAGACUUGUUAAGAGCAGCUCUGUCAGCCCUGCGAGCUCCGACGUGUACUGACGCUGGAGGGGCUUGGAGUGUAUCGAGUGUGGAUAUAAGCUUUACAGCCCUUUUGAGCAUCCCCGGGCUCCUGUGCAUUAAUUCUCCAGUCGACUGCAACUCGGAGUGACUGAGGACCGGAUGCAGAGACGAAAACCAAAACAGGACAGCACAGCUGCGGAUUUGUAACACGGGACUCUGACACGGCCGAAGGGGACAAUAGAUGAGAGUGGAAACUGAUGGGACUAGCUUUAAGGCGAGGAAACAACAACCAUAUUCUUACAAUUUGUUCUGACAAUCAGGGCUUUUUUCAAGCAGACACACAGUGAACCAGUCGAUCUCCACGGAUAUUUGGAUAUUUGGCACCUGGGGGAAAAACUUCCGACAUUAGGAAUCAUAUUUGGGAGGCACGUCGAACUGGAGAAAGAUUUAAGCCUUAUCACUUUCCUGAUAUUUACUAAGAUAUUUAAUAUUUUCUUUUCUUUUUUUUUCUUCAGUGCAAAUCUGAACCAAUGAUAGUGAGCAUUUGCAUUUACAAUGUUUUGAUUAUGGCUUUACACAAGAAUCAGUUUUUUUUCUUUCUAUAUUUUCUGACCUCUUAUAAAGAAAUCCAUAGUGUCCUGGUCAAACGAUUUAAGUUUCUUCUGUGUGCUUCAGGGAUGUGCUGUGUGUGUGUGUGUGUGUGUGUGUGUGUGUGUGUGUGUGUG